UCAUGUAGAGAAGAAGAAAUGUUCCAAACGUAAACAUCGCAGCUGUUAUUUAAAAGUAGUUUUCUUGGCGUCUUCCCUCAUCUUCAUCCCGCUGCUGCAGACAAGAUGACGGAUGUCCAACAUGCUCAGCCUUAUUUCUUCGGAGAUAUCAGCUGCUGGUCAGAGAGAACAUUGGUACACAAAGCAGCAUCACUGGGCCAGGCUGCUCAGCUGCAGCAUCCCAUUCAGAGCGGAGUGUCCGUCAACAUUGUGGCCGUGGACUCCAUCACACCUCUGCACGAGGCCUGCACUCACGCACACACCAGGUGUGUCCGGCUGCUGCUGGAUGCCGGAGCACAGGUGGAUGCCAGGAAUGUGGAUGGCAGCACCCCGCUGUGUGGUGCUUGUUCUGCAGGCAGUCUGGACUGUGUGAGCCUCUUACUGGAGCACGGAGCCCAGGUCAACCCUGCACUUACUUCACGCACUUCCUCACCUCUGCAUGAGGCCUGCAUGGGAGGCAAGUCUUCUAGGCUUCUCUUUACUCUGCACACUUCUAGGCUUCUCUUUACUAGGACUUUACUCUGCACACUUACUAUGACUUUAGUCUGCAUAAGGCAUACUUGCCAACCCUCCCGUUUUUAGCGGGAGAAUCCCGGUAUUCAGCGCCUCUCCCGACAACCUCCCGGCAGAGAUUUUCUCCCGACAAACUCCCGGUAUUCAGCCGGAGCUGGAGGCCACGGACCUGAGACUGGGGGACAGCCUGUUCCCACGUCCGCUUUCCCACAAUAGAAGCUUUGCCUGCCCAAUGAACGGAGAAGUUAAACAGGACAAUACUGCCAUCUAAUGGAUAGCCAA